ACAUAAAUACAAAGAAACCAUAGAGAAAUUUCUCUAUAAUACUUUCCUCGAAAUCUAGGGUUUUGCCCGAGACCAAGACCCAGAAACCUUAACUGCCCCCUUGAAGAUUCCGAGGAUCCGAACACCGCAACCCAAUAUCAGAGAGAAAUGGGAGGGAAAUGCCCACACAGACAUGUGAAAAAGAGACGCUAUUCUCACAAGACUGCUCGCCGCACCAAAUUCCUCGUCAAUGGGGACGAUAUGGUUUAUGAUGAGCUGAAGAAGUCCGACGAGGAAAGGAAGCCGUUGCCGGUUGAUGAAGACUUGCCCGGAAUGGGCCAGUAUUAUUGCAUCCACUGCGACCGAUACUUUGCGAAUGUAUCUGUGAGAGAUGAGCAUUUCAAGACAAAACGUCACAGGAAGCGUGUUAAGCAGAUGAUGGGGCCUGCACCUCAUACUCAGCUUGAUGCUGACUUGGCAUCCGGAAUGGGUAUGCCAGAUAAUGGUCCAAAGCUUAUGUCUACAUAGAUUUGUAUUUUUGAUAUAGCUGUUAGGUUAUAAGUUUGAGUUCAAAACUUUUUAUGUUGCAAUAGUGGUAUUUUUUGUUACACUUUCCAGUAUCAACAUGAAUGUAACGAUAAUCAAUUUUCCUUUCAAUUUUUUUUAAUGCCAUAUUGCAUGUUAUAUCUGCA